AUGAAGGUGGGACUCUUAAAGAAUUUCUUGCACUAUUUCAACUUGAAACAGGGUACAGUAUUGAUAGCUGUGUUCCAAUUGUUUACAUCUGGGUUUAGUAUUAUAUUUGUCGUACUAGCGCUAACACAUGCUAAGGGAAUUCAAGAAAUGGUAGUAAGAGAUACAGAAGAUGCUCUGGAAAGGGAAGCUCUGGAAGAUAUAUCAUCUAAUCAUUUAAAUACUAGAAAAAUGGAUAUGGCGCACCAUAAUGCAACUGAAACAGUUUAUUCGAUGUACUGUGGACUAGUGAUCACAGUGAUACAUUUUAUUUCUACUAUUCUACUCUUAUACGGUGCGCUCACGAACAAUCGUCACUUUAUGGCGCCCUGGAUGAUGGUCAUGAUGACGAUAAUAUCGGCGCUGACGAUUUCUUUGUUCCUGGUAGAACAAGACUGCCCUUUUAUCGCUACCCUUGGUGGCAAGGCUGAUAUCUGUGAACGUAUGAUCGCUCUAAUUUUCAUAAUCACUAGUUCUUACGUAUGGUUCGUCGUCUACAGCACAUACAAGAAUUUCGAAACGAAGAAGGGACUGACUCACGUACUUCACGGGGUGAAGAAAAAGCCUGUGGUUCCGGUCGUGCAAAAGUCAAAAGCCGUUCAGGUAGAUGCAAAUAAACCGUUCGAAGUUUAAAAACGUUAUACGAAGGUAUAGAAAUAGUGACAGAAAGUUGAAUUUAUUCGUUACAAUGAAUGUGGAAAAGCGCAUUUGGUGGCGAAAGCUCCCAUUAUCAAGAGAUAUCCUUCAAAUGACAGUGUUUUUUAAACAAAUUUUAAAAUUAUCUUUAGUCAGUCAACAAGUUCUAUUGAUAUUUAAUCUUGUUAC